CACCAUUUUAUCUGGGUUAGUCAACCCCUGCACAGACAGCACAGAGAAAACAGAAAGGAGAGACAUAUAGACAAGAUAACGUGAGAGACGAGUGCAUCUCGUGCCCACUAUUUUACUUGUAUGUCUAACUUCUCUGAAGCUCAUCAUGAAGCACACCACAACAACUACAGAUGUUUCAGAGUACACAGAUUAUGACUACUCAAACACUUCUUUCAAUGACUACACUGGACAAGAUGAUGACUCUGCUGCCCCCUGCAGUCUGAGGGAAACGUGGGACAUUCUUGGUCGCUUUGCCCCUGUGGCUUACAUUCUAGUCUUUAUCUUGGCACUAGUGGGUAACAUUCUGGUUCUGUGUGUGAUCCGCCGCUAUCGGCAGUCUCGACACAGCCCCUGCUCCUUCUCACUGACAGACACCUUCCUGCUCCAUUUGGCCAUCUCUGACAUCCUACUGGCUGUAACGUUGCCAUUUUUCGCCGUCGAGUGGAUCAACGAGUGGGUUUUCGGUGUAUUCAUGUGUAAAAUAGCUGGAGCGUUGUUCUCGCUGAACGUCUAUUGUGGGGUGCUAUUCCUGGCCUGCAUCAGCUUUGACCGAUACUUGGCUAUCGUACAUGCCAUUAAUAUCAGCUGGAGACGCAAGACCUGCCACGCUCAGCUGGCCUGUGCCAUCAUCUGGGGCGUCUGCCUGGGAUUGGCGAUGGUGGACGUGUACUACCGUAACGUGGUGAACGUAUACGGCAUAAAUCGGUUGAUAUGCCAGAUAGAUUUUUCUCAAGAGAACAGCCAGCAAUGGCAGAUCGGCAUGCAGCUGGUUAGCAUGAUUCUUGGAUUCAUACUUCCCCUAUUAGUCAUGCUGUACUGCUACCUUCGCAUUUUCAAAGCACUGUGCCACGCCACACGUAGGCAGAAACGGCGCUCGCUGAGGCUCAUCAUCUCAUUGGUCAUUGUGUUUGUAGUCAGUUGGGCGCCUUAUAAUGCCUUGCGGAUGACUGACAGCUUGCAGAUCCUUGGGGUCAUUGUCAAAACCUGCGCACUCAACAAGGUGCUAGAUGUGGGCACUUUCGUGACAGAAAGCCUGGGGUUGGCACAUUGCGCUUUAAAUCCUCUACUCUAUGGCCUUGUGGGGGUAAAGUUCCGUCGUGAGUUGGCCCAGAUGUGCAAGGCUGCUUUAGGACCCCAGGGGUGCCUCGGAUUAGCAGGAUGGGCAAACGGUCGGGGAUCAACCCGCAGGCCUACUGGAUCAUUCAGCUCAGUGGAGAGUGAGAAUACCUCGUACUUCUCUGUCAUGGCCUGAAAAGAGUGCAAAUGACAUGAACAAGAGUGCAAGAAUAGAAGUGAUGGGUGUUUUUAUCUGGAAUUGGGAAGAAACCAAUUUCAGUUUGUGUAAUCUCAGAAACGUUUUCAUGUUCUCUUUUUUUUUUUUUUUGAGGCAUUUUCUAAUGCAGUCUUAACAUCCAUUAUGUUGGAGGAGACUUUGUCAUGAAUUUUCUGUUGUUAUUAUUAAAGAUCUACCUGCAUGUUUUUAUAUAUGAAUGAGAAUAUCCAAGAAUUACACCAUUUCUUUCCAUUUUUGCUUCAUUUUAGCUAUAAGCUCUAUAUCUUUUAUAUUUUCCAAACAUUACAUAUUGAGGUAAAAAAAAUAUGAUUUCAAAAUAAAAUGCUGUAGAUUUUUUUCAUCAGCAAUUCUGCCUUUUUUUGGCAGCUAUAAUUGUGACAAUGAAUCAUCCGUUGAGUUGUCUGGGUCUGGUGUCACAAGCAGGAACUGAAAACAGGCUCCACAUCAACUUGCUUUAUUUCUCUUCUUUAUACAUACUCUUCAUAAUAACACUGUAACAUCAAAUUGAGUUUUGUUUAUCAUUUUAUUAAUCUGUUGUUUGAUAUUUUAAGCAGAUGACAUAAUACAUAACACAUCAUGACGUUUUCUCCUAAUGUCAUUUUUGUAAAACGUUUCUAUUGUUAUUUUUGUUAGUUCUGUGUUACCACCUCUGAUAAAGUGUAGAUCCCAUUACUCUUAUAAUAAAGGUUUGUGUGACUCACUUUUAUUACUCUUCUUUAGCUCUAGACUGGAGAGGAUGUGACACUCUGAAGAUAUAUUUUAAUUCUGAGAAUGACAGCCACAAAGGAGAAACAGAGCAAAAGGUGUUAUCGCUUUUG